AUGUUUAUUCCCAGGUUCCUGCGAGGCGCAAAUCUCAGGAUUCUGGUGGAGGAUGGGCUCGAUCCCCGUUUGCCCGACCCGGAGGAGCGAUACCACACGGUGGCGUCCGAGAUCUUCCACUCCGACCAUCGGGUCACCUGCCGAAGUGACCACUGGGCAUGCAAUGCCUCGUACACCGGUGGUAAGGGACGAGGUCCCAUCCAACAGCUGCGGGAGGUGGGACGAGUGGAGGCAGAUGAGGUUCCAAGUGGAGGAAGCUCCAAGUGCUUACAGUUGUUAAAGCAUUGGCUCCGACCGUACCAGGGCUUUUCCUAUCAUGUCAUGGACAUGGCACGACUGGUGACUGACCACGCAGUGCCAUGUGCCACGAUGAUGCUGUGCAUUGACUACUGCAAUACUCAUCAAGUUUGUAGAGGCUUCACUUGCUCGUGGCAUGUGGGCGCUUGCUACAUCGCCAUUGAUUACACCCCUGCUUUCUCCAAAACCGGUCACAAGCUGGUUCCCGAGUCUACGACGCCACUUCCUGCGAAGUGGCGCACCAUGUCCAGCCAAUUUCAUCAGAGAUCAUAUAUCAAGUGGGCAUGGCCUUCGCAGGAGGAACGAGAUCGAGCUGGCUACUAUCAAAUCUAUUUUUUUCUUCAUCAUAAGGGCAGAUCAUCCAUGACUCUGGAGGUGGUGAGGCAGAUUGCAGCUCACCUACGGCUGUCCCUCGACCUGAUGCAGAGUGUCCAUCGACCAGACGAGUUGCAAUGUGCUCGGGCAGACAUCGGGGUGUUCUUUGUGACUCCGCCUCAGGUCGUCGCUUUCUUGGAUCGUCACUGCCAACCCUACCGCGCGGUCCACAUCCUACGAGAUCCAUUGGAUUUGCUCACCUCCGCUUUCGCCUACCAUCGGAGCAUGGAAUUGCCAGUGAACGACACGAUCCCCGGGAGCCAACCAGCAGUCUUACGGCGGCUCUCGGUCCGAAGGGGCUUGCUGGUAGAGGCCUAUGCAGAGCUGGGGCACACCUUGCAUCACAUGUUGCAGGUACAGAUCCAGGUGCGUGAAAGAGCCUACUGUUUGAGUCUGUUUGGUGAGGAUUUGGUCGAAAACUUUGAUGCCACACUGCAGCGGAUUCUGAAACAUCUAGUGCCUGGACUCUCCUGGCGUCGGCAGAUUACCCUCAAGGCAGCGGCCGCCCAGCUGGACGGGCGCCGCUGUGGGAGCCCCACGCUGAGUGACACACGACUUCAGCCACGGGGACAUCAGUCCUUAAAGGCCAGAGCGAAGAAAGCUGUUGGGCUCCUGAAGAAGCAGACGCCUCCCAUGAAGGAGAUCCUCGACAUCCGCCGGCUUUUGGGCUAUGACAACCGGGUGGUGGGGCCCAGCAGGUCUCAAACACGACGUGCGGGUGACUAUGGUGUGAUUGAUGGAUUCAGUGGAGCGAUCUUCGGAACCAACGCGUCGCUCCUCCAAGCAAGGAAAUGUUGGGAAUGGAAUGGGCAUUACUUGCUUUUCGACCUCGGUAUGGCAGACCGAACCACGAAAAGCAUGCGUUGGAGUACAAGAGAAUUGUUGAAGCUUUUCAGCUCCAAAUGGCUGACAGCUUUGCUGAACUUGACUUUGGCGGGUGAACUGGUGGGUAUUUGUGUGAACUUCGACCUGAACUGCUGCGAAGUGCAGGCUUCUUGGGACUUCCUCGCCCGUUUUCUCAGUGACUUGCUGGACUCCCCGCAACGGGCAGCACUUCCGCCGCCGUCCACGGCACGCAUUCGAAGCCGACUGUGUUCACAGCCGGCAUUUGAAGCCUUGGCGUCACUGCGGCAGUCUCUCCCAACAUGGCUCGCCGAGCUGUCAUUGCCCGCUCUCCAGGAGGAGCUUUUGAGGAUGGGAUCGCAUCCAGAGUCUACGCUUUUGAAGACUGUGAGGACUGCACGAGCUUCAUCAUCGCGGGAGUUUGAGUUCAACAUACAGGACUUGUUAUAA